UCUGCAGUCGCGUCAGACAGAUGUUACAUGAGCGGUAGAAGUCAAAUGCAUUCUUGUCCGCAAUCUGCUCUCAUGACCGCAGCCACUGUGAUACCCUUCCCCCCUCACCAUCUAUGCUGUGAAGCAUCCAUCCGUACUACCCUUGCUAACCUAGCGUUCCCUUUUGAGAAUUCGCGUCAGGCAGCAGCUCUGCAGCAAACGACAUCCAUUCCGAUCCCACCCCGCCUUCUUUUCUUCCCUACCCACCACAAGACAGGUAAUACAACGCAAAACCCAGAGUAUCGCCGGAUCUGCAUAAUCACCAUGCCUGCCCGAAUUGAUAAUUGCUAG